AUGCAAGACCGUAAUAGCUUUUGUUCCGUCUCUAGUCCUAUUAGAUAUAGUUACCCGAGAACUAUUAAUACUGUCGUUGUCGUUAACAGAAAAUCCGUAACAAUAGAUCUCAAGAAAAAAUUAGGGAGUCAUACUCGACGAAUUUCUAAUGAUUCAAUUUCUUCCAAUGAUUCUGGUAUUGGACUCCCCAAAGAAGAAUAUGAAAUACGACGAGCUGUAAAAGCACAAAGAGUUUCAAGUGUUCAACGUCCACAUAUAAUCUUAAUGCACAAAGGUAAACCAGUAAACAAUCAAAAUAAUGAAGAUGCCGAUUCUAAUUUGAUAUUAAAGGCAGCCAUUGCAUCAAAAAGACAUAGGAGAGAAAUAGCCGUUAUGCAACAAAGAAAUUCUUUCUACAAUGAGGAGAGAGAUAUAAUAUCUCAUACGAAACAAGAAUCAAAUCCUAUCAUUGUAGAUUUAAAUGGUAAUGUCGAUGUUUCAAAAGUAGAUGACAACAGUACAAUUAAUGUUUCAAAGGAUGUAACACAAGAAUCGGAAAUAAAUUCUGACAUAAAGCCUGCAGUUUCCGAAGAAUUUUCAAAAGAUAAUAUUGUUUCUCUUGAAGAACCCAUAAUAAAUUGUACGCUAAUAGAAUCUAAAAUGGACAUUAUUCCCGAAGAACCAAAAGAAUCAAACGAACAAAUUCUUAAAACAAAUAAAGAGAACAUACCUAUACAUCGAAUUCGAUCACCAAGAAGAAAUUCAAUUUUCAUAAAUAAUUAUUCACCUAUGAAAAAAAUUUCGAAAUCCGUGAAAAAAUUUCUUGAAAGACGGAACGUGACUGUCGCAUGUUUGAAUUGUAGGCAACGUAAAGCAAAAUGUUCUGGAGAAUACGUUUGCGAAAGGUGUAAAACAUACGAAUUAGAACGUAAAUUCACUCCCGUCGCUAAACGAAGUCCACAAAACUAUAACAGGAAACUUCGUUUUAAGCCGCCUAAAACAAUAAUCGAAGAUAAUUUAACAUUAAAUAUUAAUAAUAAUAGUUUAAUGACGCCUUGA